UUUUUAUCCAGCUGAUUUUUUUUGUUUUUUCUUUCUUUCUUUGUGCCUUAUCCACCACCAGGAACGACACCACCACAAAUUGUUAUUGUUUUUUAUUUACUUCUCUCGUUCUUUUCUUUCUAUUCUUCAUGUCAAAUAAUAGAAACAACCCCUCCGACUCACUCUCCUUCACUCAGAAACUCCAUAUCUACACAAAAACAGCACUCUACAUCGGCAUAGCAGGCGGCAUAAGCUUUGGAAUCUACAAAAUGUUCAGCCGCUACCAAACCAGCGCAGACAUCCCCGACAGCGUAGUAAAGUCCCACCGCAAAUUCUAUGGCGUCGUGCUCGAUGUCUCUGACGGCGACACAAUCCGCGUCUACCACACGCCCAUCCUCCAAUGGCUCGCAGAAACACCCAAAAAGCAACGUGGAAUUUCAAACUACACCAUAUCCGUGAGACUAUCAGCUAUGGAUGCUCCCGAGGUUUCGCACUUCGGAAAACCUGCUCAGCCAUUGUCUAAGGAGGCGAAGGAUUACUUGGCUGGUCAGAUUCUUGGAAAGAGAGUUAGUAUUAAGCCACUGGCGAAGGACCAGUAUGGCAGGCUGGUGGCGACGGUUACGUAUAGGGAAAUGUAUGUUUUUAAGAAGAAUGCCGCCCAUGUGAUGCUCGCUCAGGGGUUGGGUACGCUUUAUAGAGGUGGGAAUGCCCAGUAUGAUGGCGAGAAGGCCUUGCUGGAGAACUUGGAGGCUACAGCUAAGAAGAAUAAGCGCGGAAUUUGGGGACUCAAGGAGGGCGACUACGAGAGCCCUGCAGAGUACAAGCGCAAACACAAAUAAAAAGGUUUCUUCUAAACAUUGGAUUCCAA